UCGUCUUGAUCGCUUUCAUUCUCCACAUUCCCAAUUCGAUUUCUCUCUCUAAACACAGCUCACUCUACCAAUCCGCCAUAGCCAUGGGUUUCGGAUCCCUAAGGUCCCUGAUCCGACCCGCAUCCAGAAUCCUUUCACCCGCAUCCUUUUUCUCUCCAGCUACAAGAACAUUCUCCACCUCCUCUCCGCCGCAGCAGCUCCACCGCCUCUUCGCUCCCCUCCGCCGCGACAAUCCUUGGAUUCCUCCUCGCAGCGCCUUCCACAGUCUCACCGACACCAGGUACCCAAAGCGUAGGCCCGUCGACAAGCCGCGCCGCAAGAGAGCAAGCUUGAAACCCCCAGGUCCGUAUGCGUGGGUAAAAUGCGUUCCUGGGGAGACUAUUCUUCCUAACCAGCCGAAUCAGGGAAGUGUGAAGAGAAGGAAUGAGAAGAAGAGGAUUAAACAGCAUCGCGCAUUCAUAAAGUUGGAAAGAAAGAUACGCAGAGGUCAGGUGCAGGAGGCCAAGAAGAAGAAGCUCACCCUACGGGUGGAGCGUAAGAUGGCUGCCGUUGCGAGAGACAGAGCCUGGGCAGAAAGAUUAGUUGAGCUCAAACGGAUUGAAGAGGAGAAGAAGGCAAGCAGCUAUGUGAGCUGAUUCUCUCUCUGCAUCUCUAGAUUUGGCUUCUUUUCAAGUUAGAUGCCAAAGCUGCUGGUUUUCCUUUGCAUAUGGAAGCAUCACUCUCUUUUGAGAGAUGAAAAUUCAAUGCUUUAACUGAUUUUAGCUUCUUUUAGAAAAUUUUCCUUAACUACAAGUAUAUUUUGAGGACUACCAUUUGUAAUUUGUAUGCAAAUGGAAUGGAAUACAAGCUACGUGCAGAAUGUUUCAAUAAAGAAGCUGUGAAAUUCCUUA